CGCCGCCCCUCCGCCAAUUCACACCGCAGAGUCGACGUUGGGCGCCCAGGUCGACCGGGAGGCAUGGAGUUCCUGUUCAAGAUCCUGUUUGUAGGCGAAGCAGGCGUAGGCAAGACUGCGCUCAUCCGGCGGUACGUGGACAAUGUGUUCUCGUACAAGUACCGGUACACGAUUGGGGUGGACUUUGCGCUCAAGGUGGUUGACCUCGACGAGAAGACGACGGUGCGGCUGCAGCUGUGGGACAUUGCCGGGCAGGAGCGGUUCGGAGUCAUGACAAGGGUGUACUACAAAGAGUCUGCAGCGUGCGUCAUCGCCUUUGAUAUAACAGAGCGGAGAACGUUCGAGGCGGCCAAAAAGUGGAAGGCCGACCUCGACUCCAAGGUCCAUCUGCCCAACGGCGACCCCGUCCCGUGUAUCCUCGUCGCCAACAAGUGCGAUCUCGAGCCGCGCCCGGUUCCACGCGAAGAGAUUGAUCAGUUUGUUCGCGACAACGGGUUUGUGGACUGGUUCGAGACCUCAGCCAAGGACGCAAUCAACGUCGACAAGGCUAUGAAGUUCCUCAUCUACAAGGUUCUCAACUCCAAUCCGGGCAUCUCGGUCGAGGACGACGAGGCUUUUCGCCUCGACGACGAGGGCUCGCUGGCCGGUGCCUCGUCGUCGGGCUCUUCGUCCAAGAAAAAGUGUUGCUAGCUGGCGCACACAAGAGUCGCAUUGAACACACAACCCCCC